UCCAUUUCAGUCCGGUCUGUUCGGUUUAUCGCCUCGCCGUCCACUCUGACCUUUUUAGACCCGUUCCGAAGAAAUGGGAACGCCUUGAUUUAACUCCCGGCAUCGGCGACAGACGCAGCUCUUCACCCUUCAGUCGGACCUAGAAGAAACUGUUCCAAACCUCUGCUGAUCGUCUCUGUGCCGAAAAGAAAAAACGGUGAAGAGACUACAUGUCCCAGAAACCCCUGUGAGAGUAAGACUUCCUCCUCGUCUGUCCUUCCUCUCUCCCUCCGUCCGGUUGGUUGGAUGAGUCCCAAACAGCGACAGAACUUUGAGCAGUGAUUGGGCGCUGAGCCAGAGCAGGCAGCCAACAGGGAGCCAGGCUAGCCAUCAUGGCCGACGUGGACCCGGACACCCUGCUGGAGUGGCUGCAGAUGGGUCAGGGCGACGAGCGCGACAUGCAGCUCAUCGCUCUGGAGCAGCUCUGCAUGCUGCUGCUCAUGUCCGACAACGUGGACCGCUGCUUCGAGACUUGUCCUCCUCGGACGUUCCUCCCGGCCCUCUGUAAGAUCUUCCUGGACGAGAGUGCCCCAGAUAACGUGCUGGAGGUCACGGCCAGAGCCAUCACCUACUACCUGGACGUGUCCGCGGAGUGCACCCGGAGGAUCGUGGGAGUGGACGGGGCCAUCAAGGCGCUGUGCAACCGGCUGGUGGUGGUGGAGCUCAACAACAGGACCAGCAGGGACCUGGCGGAGCAGUGUGUCAAGGUGCUGGAGCUGAUCUGUACCAGGGAGUCUGGCGCCGUGUUCGAGGCUGGCGGUCUGAACUGUGUGCUGAGCUUCAUCAGAGACAGCGGUCACCUGGUGCAUAAAGACACUCUGCACUCGGCCAUGGCCGUGGUGUCCCGGCUCUGCAGCAAGAUGGAGCCUCAGGACUCGUCUCUGGAGACCUGCGUCGAGUCUCUGUCCAGCCUCCUCAAACACGAAGACCACCAGGUGUCAGACGGCGCUCUGCGCUGCUUCGCCUCGUUGGCCGACAGGUUCACUCGCCGCGGCGUGGACCCCGCCCCUUUAGCCAAACACGGCCUGACGGAGGAGCUGCUGUCCCGCAUGGCAGCCGCCGGCGGCGCGGCGUCGGGCCCCGCCUCUUCCUGUAAACCCGGCCGGACCUCGACCGGCGCCGCCCCCUCGGCCCCGGACUCUAAACUGAGCAACCAGGUGUCGACCAUCGUCAGCCUGCUGUCCACUCUGUGCCGGGGCUCGCCGCUCGUCACACAUGACCUGUUGCGUUCGGCGCUGCCCGACUCGAUGGAGUCCGCUCUGGGAGGGGACGAGCGCUGCGUGCUGGACACCAUGCGGCUGGUGGACCUCCUGCUGGUGCUUCUGUUUGAGGGACGAAAGGCGCUGCCCAAAUCCACGGCGGGGUCGACGGGUCGGAUCCCCGGCCUGCGACGCCUGGACAGUUCGGGGGAGAGGUCGCACCGACAGCUCAUCGACUGUAUCCGCAGCAAAGACACGGACGCUCUGAUCGACGCCAUCGACACCGGAGCUUUUGAGGUGAACUUCAUGGACGACGUUGGACAGACGCUGCUCAACUGGGCUUCGGCUUUUGGCACACAGGAAAUGGUGGAGUUUCUGUGUGAGAGAGGGGCAGAUGUCAACAGAGGUCAGAGGUCAUCCUCGCUACACUACGCUGCCUGCUUUGGACGGCCACAAGUAGCCAAGACUCUGCUGCGUCAUGGAGCAAACCCUGACCUAAGAGACGAGGACGGGAAAACUCCUCUGGACAAGGCCAGGGAGAGAGGACACAACGAGGUGGUGGCCAUACUGCAGUCGCCUGGAGACUGGAUGUGUCCGGUGAACAAGGGCGACGACAAGAAGAAGAAAGACGUGAACAAGGAGGAGGAGGAGGGCAGCGAGCCCAAAGGAGACCCGGAGAUGGCCCCCAUCUACCUGAGGAGGCUUCUGCCUGUUUUUGCACAAACCUUUCAGCAAACCAUGCUGCCUUCUAUUAGGAAAGCCAGUCUGGCUCUGAUCAGGAAGAUGGUUCACUACAGCAGUGAAGUCCUGCUGAAGGAGGUGUGUGACAGUGAGACGGGACACAACCUUCCCACAGUGCUGGUGGAGAUCACUGCUACUGUCCUGGACCAGGAGGACGACGACGACGGUCACCUCCUGGCUCUGCAGAUCAUCAGAGACCUCGUGGACAAAGGUGGAGACGUUUUCCUCGACCAGCUGGCUCGACUGGGCGUCAUCAACAAGGUGUCCACUCUGGCUGGACCGGCGUCUGAUGACGAGAACGAGGACGAAGCCAAGCCUGAGAAGGAGGAGGAGGUGCAGGAGGACGCGAGGGAGGUCCAGCAGGGGAAGCCGUACCACUGGAAGGACUGGUCCAUCAUCAGAGGGAGGGACUGUCUCUACAUCUGGUCGGACGCCGCUGCGCUCGAGCUCUCGAACGGCUCCAACGGCUGGUUCAGGUUCAUCCUGGACGGGAAGCUGGCCACCAUGUACUCCAGUGGAAGUCCGGAGGGGGGGUCGGACAGCUCCGAGUCUCGCAGCGAGUUCCUGGAGAAGCUGCAGCGGGCGAGGAGUCAGGUGAAACCAGUGACGGCCAGUCAGCCCAUCCUGUCCAGUGUGGGUCCCACUAAGCUGACGGUGGGAAACUGGUCUCUGACCUGCCUGAAGGACGGAGAGAUCGCCAUCCACAACUCGGACGGGCAGCAGGCCACCAUCCUGAAGGAGGACCUGCCCGGCUUCGUCUUUGAGUCCAACAGAGGAACCAAACACUCCUUCACAGCGGAGACCUCACUGGGCUCAGAGUUUGUGACGGGCUGGACGGGGAAGCGAGGCAGGAAGCUGAAGUCGAAGCUGGAGAAGACGAAGCAGAAGGUGAAGAGCAUGGCGAGGGAGCUGUACGACGAUCACUUCAAGGCCGUGGAGAGCAUGCCCAGAGGAGUGGUGGUCACCCUGAGGAACAUCUCCACGCAGCUGGAGUCGGCCUGGGAGCUUCACACCAACCGACAGUGCAUUGAAGGAGAAAACACGUGGAGGGACCUGAUGAAAACUGCUCUGGAGAACCUGAUCGUAGUUCUGAAGGACGAGAACACGAUUUCUCCGUACGAGAUGUGUAGCAGCGGCCUGGUCCAGGCUCUGUUCACGGUCCUCAACAAUAGUGUGGAACUGGACCUGAAACAUGAUUGUAAGCCUUUAAUGGAGAGGAUCAAUGUCUUUAAGGCGGCUUUCAGCGAGAACGAAGACGACGAAAGCCGACCAGCUGUUGCCUUAAUCCGUAAACUGAUAGCUGUCCUGGAGUCCAUAGAACGUCUACCUCUGCACCUGUACGACACUCCAGGGUCGUCAUACAACCUGCAGAUCUUGACGAGGAGGUUGCGGUUCCGUCUGGAACGAGCGCCGGGCGAGACGGCUCUGAUCGACCGGACGGGCCGCAUGUUGAAGAUGGAACCACUCGCCACAGUGGAGUCUCUGGAGCAGUACCUGCUGAAGAUGGUGGCGAAGCAGUGGUACGACUUCGAGCGCUCGUCCUUCGUCUUCGUGAGAAAACUGAGGGAGGGGCAGACCUUCACGUUCAGACACCAACAUGACUUUGAUGAGAAUGGAAUCAUCUACUGGGUGGGAACCAACGCAAAGACGGCCUACGAGUGGGUCAAUCCUGCUGCCUAUGGCCUGGUGGUGGUGACAUCAUCAGAGGGGCGGAACCUCCCCUACGGGCGGUUGGAGGACAUUCUGAGUCGGGAUAGCUCCGCCCUCAACUGCCACACUAACGAUGACAAGAACGCGUGGUUCGCCGUUGACCUGGGCCUCUGGGUCAUUCCCUCAGCGUACACCUUGAGACACGCCAGGGGUUAUGGCCGCUCCGCGUUGAGGAACUGGGUCUUUCAGGUGUCGAAGGACGGCCAGAACUGGACGACUCUCUACACCCACGUAGACGACUGCAGCCUCAAUGAACCGGGGUCGACGGCCACGUGGCCUCUGGACCCGUCCAAAGAGGAGAAGCAGGGGUGGAGACACAUCCGGAUCAAACAGAUGGGGAAGAACGCCAGCGGUCAGACUCACUACCUGUCUCUGUCCGGACUCGAGCUGUACGGCACCGUCACCGCCGUCUGCGAGGACCAGCUCGGUAAAGCUGUGAAGGAGGCGGAGGCGAACCUUCGUCGCCAGCGCCGCCUGUUCCGUUCCCAGGUGAUGAAGUACAUCGUCCCGGGGGCGCGGGUCGUCCGCGGCAUCGACUGGAAGUGGCGCGACCAGGACGGGAACCCGGCCGGGGAGGGCACCGUCACCGGGGAGGCUCACAACGGCUGGAUUGAUGUAACCUGGGAUGCUGGCGGCUCUAACUCUUACCGUAUGGGCGCUGAAGGGAAGUUUGACCUCAAGCUUGCUCCAGGGUACGACCCUGAGUCGGCUGCCACAGCGCCGUCACCCAAACCUGUCUCAUCCACUGUUUCAGGCCCCGCCUCCUCCACGGUGGGACCCUCUGUGACACCGGCAGCCAGCGGCGGCACAACCACCACCACCUCCUCCUCGUCCUCCUCCACCUCGUCCUCCUCACAGCAGCAGUCCUGGAGCAGCCUGGUGAAAAAUAACUGUCCCGACAAGGGUGGGGCCACGUCGCUGGGCGGGGCCAGCUCCUCCAGCAGGAAGGGCAGCAGCAGCUCCGUCUGCAGCGUCGCCUCUUCCUCCGACAUCAGCCUCAGCUCCUCCGCGGGGCUGCCGGGCGCGGGGGGUCUGCGGCUGGAGAGGAGGGCCGAGGGGCUGCUGCUCGACCAGGGCUCCGGGGCAGGAGGAGUAAUGGGGGGCGGGGUCGGCCCCGACGGACAGCAGCAGGAGCCGAUCGUCGUGCUGUCCUCUGCGGCGGAGGGCGGGUCCGGAUCGGCGUCCAGCUCUGGCACGCUCACCGCUGACACGCCCGCCCCCGGCGACGAAGCCAGAAACAAGGACUCGUCCGCGGCGACCGCCGACCCGGCGACCGCCAUCUCCAUGGGGCUGGUGAGCGUGAGCUCCCCCGACGUCAGCUCCGUGUCGGAGUCAUCCAGCAAGGACACGCCUUCCCAGAGGCCCCUGUGCUCGGCCGCUAACGCGCGGCUGUCCGUCAGCUCCCUGCUGGCCGCCGGCGCCCCCAUGAGCUCCAGCGCCAGCGUGCCCAACCUGUCGUCGCGGGAGGCCAGCCUCAUGGAGUCCUUUGUCCGCCGCGCACCCAACAUGUCACGCACCAAUGCCACCAACAACAUGAACCUGAGCCGCAGCAGCAGCGACAACAACACCAACACGCUGGGCAGGAACGUCAUGAGUACUGCCACUUCUCCUCUCAUGGGCGCUCAGAGCUUUCCUAACCUCACCACCACUGGCACCACCUCCACCGUUACCAUGUCAACCUCCAUAGUAACCAGCAGCAAUAACGUAGCCACAGCCACCACAGGUCUGUCGGUGAGCCAGUUGCUAAGCAACACCCUGACGACCAGCCUGACGUCCACAUCCAGUGAGAGCGACACGGGCCAGGAGGCUGAGUUCUCUCUCUAUGACUUCCUGGACAGCUGUCGAGCCAACACGCUAUUGGCCGAGCUGGACGACGAGGAGGACCUCCCGGAGCCCGACGACGACGACGACGAGAACGAAGACGACAAUCAGGAGGACCAGGAGUAUGAGGAGGUCCUGGAGGAGGAAGAGUAUGAGACCAAAGGAGGCCGCAGGAGGACGUGGGAUGACGACUUUGUCCUGAAGAGGCAGUUUUCUGCUCUGGUCCCCGCCUUCGAUCCCCGACCAGGAAGAACCAACGUCCAGCAGACCACCGACCUGGAGAUCCCCCCGCCAGGAACUCCUCAUUCGGAGGUUCAGGAGGAGGUGGAGUGUGCUCCGUCUCCCCAUCUGUCCCUCACCCUGAAGGUGGCGGGGCUGGGUACGACCCGGGAGGUGGAGCUUCCCCUGUCCAACUACAAGUCCACCAUCUUCUACUACGUCCAGCGGCUGCUGCAGCUCUCCUGCAACGGAGCCGUGAAGACGGACAAACUGCGACGCAUCUGGGAGCCCACGUACACGAUAAUGUACAGAGAGCUGAAGGACUCGGACAAAGAGAAGGAGAGCGGGAAGACGGACUUAUGUGAACACGGCGUCGGUGUCGGCGGUCGCUCUGGCGGUCUGAGCCCGAGCUCGGUUUCUGCCAAUCAGAGCAGUGAGAUCCUGGGCGUGGCCAGAGAGGCGGCGCAGGCGAAGGCGGGCUGCAGCCAGAACGCCUGCGGGGUGGAGGACGUCCUGCAGCUGCUGCGCAUCCUCUACAUCAUCGGCGGAGACUCCGCCUCCAACCCGCGCACUCUGCAGGAGGAUUUUGACGAGCUGCAGUUCAACGCGUCCCCGGAGGAGUUCACCAGUAAGAAGAUCACAACCAAGAUCCUGCAGCAGAUCGAGGAGCCUCUGGCUCUGGCCAGCGGAGCUCUGCCCGACUGGUGUGAACAGCUCACCUCCAAGUGUCCUUUCCUCAUCCCCUUUGAGACCCGACAGCUCUACUUCACCUGCACAGCGUUCGGAGCGUCCAGGGCGAUCGUGUGGCUUCAGAACCGGCGGGAGGCGACCAUGGAGCGCUCUCGGCCGUCCACCACGGUGCGGCGAGACGACCCCGGAGAGUUCAGGGUGGGUCGGCUCAAACACGAGCGAGUCAAAGUCCCUCGAGGAGAAGCCAUGAUGGAGUGGGCCGAGUCCGUCAUGCAGCUGCACGCCGACAGGAAGUCCGUGCUGGAGGUGGAGUUCCAGGGUGAGGAGGGAACAGGUCUCGGUCCGACUCUGGAGUUUUACGCUCUGGUGGCGGCAGAGUUUCAGAGGACGUCUCUGGGGAUCUGGCUCUGUGACGACGACUUCCCCGAUGACGAGUCCCGACAGGUGGACCUGGGCGGCGGUCUGAAGCCUCCUGGUUUCUACGUGCAGCGCUCCUGCGGUCUGUUCCCGGCUCCGUUUCCUCAGGACAGCGAGGAGCUGGAGCGAAUCACCAAGCUCUUCCACUUCCUGGGCGUCUUCCUGGCCAAGUGCAUCCAGGACAACCGCCUGGUGGACCUGCCCGUCUCUCAGCCCUUCUUCAAGCUGCUCUGCAUGGGAGACAUCAAGUCCAACAUGAGCAAGCUGCUGUACCGGUCCCGCAGCUCGCCGCAGGGUCACGACCCCGACCGGCCUCACCUGCAGCCCUUCCUGCUGCUGUCCGAGGUGCAGUCGGAGGCGUCCACCGAGGAGAGCCAGGAGACCUACUCUGUAGGCAGCUUCGACGAGGACUCCAAGUCCGAGUUCAUCAUGGACCCCCCGAAACCCAAACCACCCGCCUGGUACCACGGCAUCCUCACCUGGGACGACUUCCAGCUCGUCAACCCCCACAGGGCGAGUUUCCUGAAGGAGGUGAAGGAGCUGGCGGUGAAGAGGAGGCAGAUUCUGGCCAGCAAGAGUUUAUCUGAAGAUGAGAAGAACACCAGGCUGCAGGACCUGAUGCUGAGGAACCCGCUGGGCUCCGGACCCCCCCUCAGCGUCGAGGACCUCGGGUUGAACUUCCAGUUCUGUCCGUCCUCAAAGGUCCACGGGUUCUCAGCUGUGGAUCUCAAACCGAACGGAGACGACGAGAUGGUGACGAUGGAGAAUGCAGAGGAGUACGUGGAGUUGAUGUUUGACUUGUGUAUGCACACCGGCAUCCAGAAACAGAUGGAAGCUUUCAGAGAGGGUUUUAAUCGAGUAUUUCCGAUGGAGAAGUUGAGCUCCUUCAGCCAUAAGGAGGUUCAGAUGAUCCUCUGCGGUAACCAAUCACCUUCCUGGACUGCUGAUGACAUCAUCAACUACACUGAACCAAAGCUGGGUUACACCAGAGACAGCCCCGGCUUCCUGCGCUUCGUCAGAGUUUUGUGCGGGAUGUCGUCUGACGAGCGGAAGGCGUUCCUUCAGUUCACCACCGGCUGCUCCACGCUGCCCCCUGGAGGCCUCGCCAACCUGCACCCCCGCCUCACCAUCGUCAGGAAGGUGGACGCCACAGACUCCAGUUACCCAUCAGUCAACACGUGCGUUCACUACCUGAAGCUUCCCGAGUAUUCCUCCGAGGACAUCAUGAGGGAGCGUCUGUUAGCUGCCACCAUGGAGAAAGGCUUCCACCUCAACUGACCGCCGCCGCCGCCACACUGAGCAUGCUCCUCGAGUCCGUCUCGCCGCCCGCCGCGUGAUUGACAGAUCAGCCAGCCAAUCCAAACCAGCCGACUGACUGACCGACCGCCUGCUGGAGGAUGAGGAGGAGGAUAAAUGUUGCAGAAUAAAGUUAAAGAAAAGCUCACAUCCUUAACCUCCCUCAUCUCCUUCGUCAUCCUCUUCUUCACUCACCUGAGCUACUGUGUGUGUGUGUGUGCGUGCGCAUGUGUGUGUGGGACCUUCCUCCUCCUCCUCCUCCUCCUCCUGUCUGUCCUCAGUUUAGUGCCUGGUUUGACUCAUGCUUCUCCUCCUCCUCCCUCUCUUUUUGUUUUUAUUUUGUUUUAUUGCUUUUUGUUUCCGUGUGUGUGCGACAGUUUUCGGGUUGUUUCUGACCGGCUGUAGAGGUCAAAGGUCGGAGUGCAUUUGGUGUUCUUUUACAAUGAAGCUAGAGACAGAAACACUGGUUGUGUGCGAGGCACAUCUAAAGAGAAAAUCAAAUGUAAGAAGCUCUGCUCUCCCUUGUAUUUUCUUUGUAUAUUAUAAACAUUUAUUUAACUCAAGUUGCAGUUUGAGGUAAACAGAUAUUUUCAAAUGUGUAUGCUCCAAAAAAAUAAUCAUUAAAAUGUUUGCAAAGUAUGA